AUGAGUAUUUCAUUGUCUGAUGUGAAAUUAUUCAUUGUAAAAAACAAAGAACCAAUCAUCAUCAAUAUCUCUCAGGGCCUGGAAUCAAUUUUUCAUCUCGAAACAUUAGCUGAGCAAUCUCCCAUCAAUAUUAAUUUACCUUUGGUGGAUACAAGAAAUCCUUUGAAAGUAAGAGUCAAUAACAAAUUUGCACAAUUCAAUCCAAGUGAGCUCGAAAGCUUCUAAUAUUAUAAGUUACUUCUCUAAAAUGGGUAGUUAGUAGAAGGCAAGAUUUCAUCGAAUGAUGACUACGCUUUAGCCUUUAAAAUCAGACAGAUCCCCAAUCCUAUGACCAAUAAUUCAUCCAUGUUAUCUAAUUCUCAAUCUGUCAAAAACAAACUCUACUCAAUAGAACGAGGAACAUCGGAAUACUAAUCUGCUUCAUCUUUGAGACAUAGCAUACCCGAGGUAUCUUUUAGUUAGGCUCAAAGAUUUACAAAAGAGUACCUCAAUACAACCGAAUAUAAUUACAACGUGCCUGGUACUAUAGGUAGUGGUCGCAAAGCAAGUUUUGGAUAUGGAUCUAAAUAAAUUGCUCAUGCAUAUGUUUAAAGAAAUGCAGAAUAGAAUCCUCCCCCGAAUGCUUAUUUUCUGGGAAACCCCAUUUUGUUCCGUAAAGAAAAUAAAACUAAUUUGCCCCAAGAUGAGAGAUGGAAAAAUUAAAAUCUUGUGACUUUACCAGGUCCAGCCUCUUACGAAACCUCAAAUUCCAUAGGAACUGACAAGCCCGCAGCAACUAUUGGGAUAAGGUUUAAACCUGUGAUUACUUUUAAAGAUUCAGUGCCAGGUCCUAAUUCUUAUGAAGUAAACAAUAGACUCAUUGAACAAUCGAGAUUUAAUAAAAUUUCAUUUGGUUAUGGAUAAAAAAUUGAUUUCACAAAAAACAAUCAAACUCCAGGUCCAGGUGCUUAUGAUCAGAAAUCAGUAUUUAAAAGAAACACAAAUUAGAUUAUUAAGAAUCUUACACAAUUACGUCAUAAUGAUUCAUGA